AUGGGUAGUAGGAAAACUGAAAAUGUUAAAAAUAAGAACAAGCAAGUGAAAAAAUCGCCUCGAAUUAAGGAAGCACCUGGUGUUUUAGCGCGAUUAUCGUUUUUUUGGACUUUUCCAUAUUUUUACUAUGGAAAUCGACGGGAUUUGGAAGAAUACGACUUAGUACGUGCUACGUCUAAGUACAACUCAAAAUUAGUGGGCGACAAUUUAGAAAGGAAUUGGCUACAAGAAGAGGCGGCAGCUAAGUCUACCGGUAGGAAACCAUCCUUUAAAAAAUGUCUUGCGAAGACAUUCUUUUGGUCUUUCGUACCUGGGGGCAUUUUACAAUUAGCGUGUGUUAGUAUUCGGACAGCCACUCCGCUGCUCUUCGCGGAGUUGCUCUCUUACUGGUCUGCAAAUUCUACAAUAAGUAGAGAAACUGCUGCAUAUUACGCCGGUGGUAUGAUUUUGAGCAAUUGGAUAGCUGCCUUUUGCGGACACCAUGGAAAUUUUCUAUGUCAGCAAUUUGGAAUGAAGUUAAGGGUGGCCAUCAGUUCUCUAAUGUUUAGAAAGAUUAUGCGGAUGAACAAUGGUUCUUUGGGAGGCACAACGGCCGGAAAAGUUGUGAACAUACUGUCGAAUGAUCUGCAUCGAUUUGAUUUGGCGUUCCUCUUCCUACAUUAUGUAUGGAUUAUUCCACUACAGUUAGCCGCGGUUUCAUACCUGGGCUAUAUGCAAGCGGGUACUGCUGCUCUCAUCGGAUUGGCUGCUUUAAUUAUCAUAGCAUUGCCCGUCCAAGGUGGUCUUGGAACAUUUCUUGGCAAAAUAAGAUUUCGUACUGCAGAAAAAACAGAUGCACGGGUCAAAUUAAUGAGCGAAGUUAUUAAUGGAAUACAGGUGAUCAAAAUGUACGCGUGGGAAAUUCCGUUCCAAAAAGUAGUAGGGCAAAAACGUAUGGAUGAGCUGAAACAAAUAAAAAUUGCCUCCAUGAUGAGGGUUAUUUUCCUUGGUUUUAUGAUUUUUACAGAAAGAGCGGCCCUUUUCAUAACCAUUCUAUCACUUGUUUUGCUUGGAAAUGUAAUGACUGCUAAUGUUAUAUAUCCCUUACAACAAUUUAUGAACGCUGCUCAAAUUAAUAUAACGUUAGUUUUACCGUUAGUAUUAACAUUUACUGCUGAGCUUUUAGUUUCGAUGAAAAGAGUGGAACAAUUCCUUUCCUUGGAAGACAGACUUGACUUAAUUGACGAUAAAGCGAGCCCUCAAUCAAAUUUAUUUCGAAACGUGUCAGAUAAUCUCGAAGACUUUAAAGAAGUAUCCGUUAGGCCUUUAUCCUACCAACCAACAUCGGAAUUUUCUAUAAGCAAUGGUUCUUUACGGUCAGAGAAGAAAUUUCGAAGGAGUCUCUCGCAACCAGACUGUGAUAUUGCGGUUGAACUGCGGGACGUUAGCGCCAGUUGGACCGAUGACCCCAACUUAUUGGCACUCAAGAACAUUACUUCUUCGAUCUUACAACUACUGCUAAAGGAGUUACCUGCAGCUACUGGCAGCGUGUCAGUGUUUGGAAAAAUCUCGUACGCUUGCCAAGAAGCGUGGCUAUUCCCGAGUACAGUCAGAGAAAACAUCUUGUUCGGUAUGCCUUACGAUAAGGAGAAAUACAAUCAAGUGCGAAAAGUAUGUGCUUUAGAGAAGGAUUUCAAACAAUUUCCUUAUGGCGAUCAAACUCUAGUGGGUGAAAGAGGUGUAUCCCUCUCAGGAGGUCAGCGUGCCAGAAUCAAUUUGGCUCGGGCCGUCUACAGAGAGGCCGAUAUUUAUCUAUUGGACGAUCCGCUGUCAGCCGUGGAUGCAAAUGUAGGGCGUCAGCUUUUCGAAGAUUGCAUCAAUGGUUAUUUACGACAACGCACAAGAAUUUUAGUCACACAUCAAAUACAUUUCCUUAAAGCAGCUGACUACAUCAUUGUUCUAAAUGAGGGUGGCAUUGAAAAUAUGGGAACUUUCGAUGAAUUGGUAUCGUCAGGCAAAGAAUUAUCUAUGAUCAUGGCUUCAUUACAAGAAGGAAAAGACAAAAAUACAGAUAAUAAUACCUUGAAAGUUGAAGAAAAAGAGAAGGCAGGUUUAAAGAAGUCUGUGUCUAUUAGUGAACCCGAAGAACUAGAACAAUUUGAGGAGCAAAAGAUGGCUGCUGAAGAAAGACAAUCGGGAAAUCUUCGCUGGGAAGUUAUUUCUACAUACUUUAAGUCCGGAGGCAGCUUCUUUUUAGUAUCGUUCACUUUCUUAAUACUCGCUAUGACCUCUACAUCAGCAGCUGCUGCAGAUUAUUGGGUCAGUUUCUGGUCCAACCAAAUGGCAAAUUAUGAAGAAGAAACCGGCACUGCAAAUAUGGAGCCGGGUUUGGACGUACAAGUGGGUCCCUUUACGACUGGACAGUAUUUGAUCAUCCACGGUUGUCUAAUUGUAGCAGCCAUCAUAAUUACAAACUGUCGAGCUAUACCUUUUGCACAGCUAUGUUAUAACGCUUCUAAGAAACUACAUGACCUAAUGUUCUCAACAAUGAUUAAGGGCAUUAUGCGAUUCUUCGAUACUAGUUCUUCGGGCCGGAUCCUCAAUCGUUUUACAAAAGAUAUUGGUGCAGUCGAUGAAAUACUACCAAGAACUUUGUUUGAUGUUUUUCAAAUCUAUGGAACUAUGGCAGCUAUUCUUGUGCUAAAUGCUAUAGCAUUAUACUGGACAUUGAUACCAUCAGUCGUAUUGUUAACCUUAUUCGUGUUUUUCAUAAGGUUGUAUAUAAAAGCCGCUCAAGGGAUUAAACGGCUUGAGAGUAUUACAAAAAGUCCCGUUUUCGGUAUGGUCACGUCAUCAUUGAGUGGUAUUGCAACUAUCCGAUGCUGCGAUGCUCAAAAACGUCUCAUUGAUGAUUUCGAUACACAUCAGGAUUUGCACACAUCAGCGUGGAACGGCUAUUUGGGUGGUGGAUCCACUUUCGGAUUCUAUUUGGAUACAAUGUGCCUAGUUUAUCUUUCUUCUGUCAUCUUUGUCUUCUUGUAUCUUGACUUUGGUGAUUUGAUCCCCGUGGGCAGUGUAGGGUUGGCUGUGACACAAAGCAGCGCGCUCACUGCCAUGUUGCAGCACGGCGCUCGCAUGCUGGUGGAGUACGUCGCACAGCUCACCAGCGUUGAACGUGUGUUGGAGUACACUCGUGUCGAAACUGAAGAGAACCUCUUUGACGGACCAAUACCUAUUCCACCGACGUGGCCUUCAGAAGGAAGAAUUAUAUUUCAAAACGUAAACUUGCGGUACGGACCUGAUGAAGAUCCAGUAUUGAAGAAUUUAAAUCUUGUAGUUGAAAGUGGUUCGAAGGUGGGCAUCGUGGGUAGAACCGGCGCCGGCAAGUCAUCCUUAAUAUCAGCGUUGUUCAGAUUUGCACACAUAGACGGAAAGAUAACUAUUGAUGGAAUUGAUACUGCUAUGGUCUCUAAGCAGGGCUUACGUUCAAAAAUUUCUAUCAUUCCGCAAGAGCCCGUACUAUUUUCAGCAACAAUAAGAUACAAUCUUGACCCAUUCAACAUAUACAGUGACGACGAUAUCUGGAGAGCUCUCGAGCAGGUAGACAUGAAAGCGGCUGUUCCCUCUUUAGACUUCAAGGUGACUGAAGGUGGCUCCAACUUUUCUGUUGGUCAAAGACAGCUCAUGUGCUUAGCGCGCGCUGUGCUUCGGUCCAAUAAAAUAUUAAUAAUGGACGAGGCUACAGCAAAUGUUGACCCACAGACGGAUAAUUUCAUUCAACAAACAAUACGACGUCAAUUUGCAUCGUGCACUGUCCUGACGAUAGCACAUCGUUUGAACACUGUUAUGGACUCUGAUCGUGUCCUCGUAAUGAGUGGUGGUGUUAUCGCGGAAUAUGAUCACCCCUACAAACUGCUCUCAGAUCCCAACAGCAGUUUGUCCAGUAUGGUACGCGAAACCGGUGAGAAGAGCAGUCACAUAUUGUACCAAGUUGCCAAAGAUGCUUAUUUCAAAAAUAAUCUGAAAGAAGAUUUAAGAUGA